AUGUCCGACUUCCCCCAAGGUCAGCGGGACAACAACGACCGCCCUGCCCGCGAUGUGAAGAACCAUCUGCUAUUCGAAAUCGCAACCGAAGUUGCCCAUCGAGUCGGUGGUAUCUACUCAGUCCUCAAGUCCAAAGCUCCCGUGACCACGGCCGAGUAUGGCGAUCGCUACACUCUCAUCGGGCCCUUGAACCACAACUCGGCCGCAGUCGAGGUGGAAGAGUUGGAGCCCACGAAUCCCGAGCUUGCUGCUACGAUUCAGUCCAUGAGAGAUCGUGGAAUUGGCAUCCUCUACGGCCGCUGGCUUAUCGAUGGCGCUCCACGAGUCCUGCUCUUCGACACAAAGACAGCUUACCACUUCAUGGAUGAAUGGAAGGCCGACCUGUGGAACGUGGCCAGCAUCCCUUCGCCGCCCAGCGAUGACGAGACAAACGAGGCUGUUGUUUUUGGAUACGUCGUCGCCUGGUUCUUGGGAGAGUUUGUGUGCCAUGAGAAGAAAAGAGCCGUCAUUGCGCAUUUCCACGAGUGGCUCGCCGGUGUCGCUCUGCCGCUCACCAAGAGACGCCGCAUCGACGUGACGACAAUCUUCACUACCCACGCAACCCUCUUGGGAAGAUACCUCUGUGCUGGAUCCGUUGACUUUUACAACAACCUCCAAUGGUUUGAUGUUGACGCCGAGGCCGGAAAGCGUGGCAUCUACCACAGAUACUGCAUCGAGCGCGCUGCCGCCCACUCCUGCGAUGUCUUCACCACUGUUUCACACAUCACCGCCUACGAGAGCGAGCACUUGCUCAAGAGGAAACCCGACGGUGUGCUGCCCAACGGUCUCAAUGUUACCAAGUUCUCCGCCAUGCACGAGUUCCAGAACCUGCAUCAACAAGCCAAGGAAAAGAUUCACGACUUCGUCCGCGGCCACUUCUACGGCCACUACGACUUCGACCCCGAGAACACGUUGUACUUCUUCACCGCUGGCCGUUACGAAUUCAGAAACAAAGGUGUCGAUAUGUUCAUCGAGUCCCUGGCCCGCCUGAACCACCGCCUCAAGAGCGCCGGCAGCAAGAUUACUGUCGUUGCCUUUGUUAUCAUGCCAGCGCAGACCACUUCGCUCACCGUCGAGGCACUCAAGGGACAGGCCGUCAUCAAGUCGCUGCGCGACACUGUCGAUGUCAUUGAAAAGGGCAUUGGUCGUCGCAUCUUUGAGCGCUCCCUCAAGUGGCACGACGGUGACCCUAUGCCCGAUGACAAGGAGCUCAUCAGCGCGCAAGAUCGUGUUCUCAUCCGUAGGCGGCUGUUCGCGAUGAAGCGCCACGGCCUGCCCCCCAUUGUUACCCACAACAUGCUCAACGACAGCGAGGAUCCCGUGCUGAACCAGAUCAGACGUGUCCAGCUCUUCAACCACCCCACCGACCGUGUCAAGAUUGUCUUCCAUCCCGAAUUCUUGAACUCGGCCAACCCUGUCCUGCCCCUGGACUACGACGAGUUCGUGCGCGGCACGCACAUGGGUAUCUUUGCUUCGUAUUACGAGCCUUGGGGAUACACCCCGGCCGAAUGCACAGUCAUGGGUGUUCCUAGCAUCACGACCAACCUGUCCGGCUUUGGGUGCUACAUGGAGGAGUUGAUCGAGAACUCGAGCGACUACGGUAUCUACAUUGUGGACCGCCGGACCAAGGGCGUUGACGACUCGGUCAACCAGCUCACCAACCACAUGUUUGACUUUUGCCAAAAGAGCCGUCGUCAACGCAUCAACCAGCGUAACCGUACGGAGCGCCUGAGCGAUUUGCUGGACUGGAAGAGAAUGGGCAUGGAGUACGUCAAGGCUCGCCAGCUGGCACUGAGACGGGCCUACCCAGGCUCGUUCAACGGAGAGGAGGAGGAAGACUUCAUCCCCGGCGUCGAGCAGAAGAUUUCGCGACCCUUCUCGGUCCCUGGAUCUCCUCGCGACCGCACGGGCAUGAUGACGCCUGGCGAUUUCGCCAGUCUGCAAGAAGGCAGGGAGGGCUUGAACACGGAGGACUAUGUCGCCUGGAAGUUGCCUGAGGAGGAAGACCCCGAUGAAUACCCGUUCCCGCUUACGCUGCGCGCCAAGCGCCCGUCGGGACCGGCUAGCCCUCUCGAUGGAGUUCAGCUCAACGGUAAUGGCAACUAA